CAGGGAUGAGCUGGGAUGAAGAGCAGUGGGACACCAAGGAUCAGUCAAUGUGAAGAAGCGACCAGACCAGAGGGAGGCAUACAGUCGAUGAGCUCUUAGGAGCUAACACAUUUCUUUGAUUGUUGGAGAUCCCGCCAUUCAACAGCCAGGAUGGCUCGGGAUAUGUCAGAUAAAGAAAUCUUGAAAAUGGAGUUGGACCAGUUGAAGAAGGAAGUUAGCACACCUCGAACACCAGUGGGUGCAAACUGUGCAGAAACUAUUGCUUGGGUUGAGGAACGGGCACCAAAUGAUCCGCUGAUCAAAGGAGUCCCAGAUGACAAGAACCCCUACAAGGGAGACAAGGGCGGCUGCAUAGUAACAUAACACAGUCUUAUUCAAAGAAAUGUCACGCUAUUUUUUAUGAGAGAUGGAUAUGUAACUGUAAUAUUCUUGUAGAAUACCUGUGGAUCAAUGUAAAAUAGUCAACAAAUUAAUGUCUGUAUUGGUAUUGUAAUACUAUCAGGAGAGUUACCAUUUUCAAUCAGAGGAUAACUGUGUAUGUUCCUGUUUAUGAAAAAGUUUCGGUGACAAUUUGUAAUUAAAUGCAAAUAGCUGGACAAAGCUGA